CCUCAUCCGUAGAGGAGGGGAGAAGGGGAGGAGAAGAAGAGGGGGUACUGUUGUCAUCCGUCAGGGCAGUGUGUCGAGCUUUUGUCCAGGAGAAAUGGCCGGGAUCAAGGCUCUCAUCAGCCUCUCCUUCGGAGGGGCCAUCGGCCUCAUGUUCCUCAUGCUUGGAUGUGCCCUACCAGUAUAUGACAAAUACUGGCCUUUGUUCCUCCUCUUCUUCUACAUCCUCUCACCCAUCCCUUACUGCAUCUCGCGGCGGGUGGUUGAUGACACAGACUCUGCCAGCAACGCCUGCAAAGAGCUGGCCAUCUUCCUCACGACGGGCAUCGUCAUCUCAGCCUUUGGCCUGCCCAUCAUCUUUGCUAGAGCUGAAGUGAUCGCCUGGGGGGCGUGCGCGCUCGUGUUAACAGGUAAUGUAGUCAUCUUCGGGACCAUCCUGGGCUUCUUCCUGGUCUUCGGCUCUAACGACGACUUCAGUUGGCAGCAGUGGUAAAACGCUAAAUGAAGGAGAGCGGCCGGGGGGGGGGCCUUAGUCUGAACUGUUUUUAUUAGCAUUACAAUUAUUAUUAUUAUUAUUAUUAUUAUUAUUAUUAUUAUUAUUAUUAUUAUUAUAGUAUUACUGUUUGGUUGUUGUUGUUAUUCAUAUGAUGACCACCCAUCCAUAGACUUACACCAGACCAGUGCAAUACUUUGUUGUUUUUUUAAAUCGCCUCCUUUAUGUUGACACAAGAAAGAUGGAAAAUGCUGACUUGUACUGAUUUUAUUUUUUAAAUUUUGUUUUAGGUUUUGUUCUCUGACUUUUGUACUGUGAGAUUUCUCCUUGUGGUUAUUUGACCUAAUGCUUGAGUCAUAAAGAACAACAUAGCAAGUUGCCGUUGGUAUUAAAGGGUGACAUUUUGCUAAAAUAGCACAGAUUUUGACAUCUUCUGUAAAUGUAAAGUGACUCACUUUAUGCUUUGACACUUGGUGAGAACCUGACUGUUAGGGCAGGAAUCAAUAAUGAGCGUCUUUUGAAGAAGUCAUAUGUGGCUUUUCCUUUUCACUUGGGUUCAGGCUUGUAUCUCUGCAAACAGAUGUUCUCUCCUUCAUUUGGCUCAGACACUAAGGAAAAAAAUAAUACUCUUUUAUGUAAUUGUCAUGGAAAAACAUUUCAGAGGAUUGUUUAAUGCAAUAUGCAGGCAUGAGCAGAUAUUCAGUACUGGCAUUAAAAGAUAAAAUAACUACUACCAAUGCAUUUUCCUUCCUAAUAAACAUUAUGCUCACAAAUGCACUCAUGGAAUUUUAAAUUUGCCACAUGGUUUGAAAGUUAACAGAAACUUAACGUUUCAUACUUUGAAGAUAUUAAUUUAUUCUGCCUCUAAAAUGUGACGACAUGUGACAUUUAAACCUGUUUUUGAUUAGCAAAUGACACCAGGGGAAAGAACAGCAGGCUAGCACGCACCCAGAUAUCAGAUUCUGUCACCAUCUUACUUAGCAUCUAUUUGCUCUGAUUACACCCUGUGUGAGAGGUCUGCACCGCCCAGAAAGCAAGAAAAGCCUUGCUUUUUUUCAGCAGCUAGCUUAGCUUAAGGACAGUAGCGCUGUUAUAAAAACCACAUAAACGGCACCUAAUUAUCACUAACAGCCUUUAAACAUUGCAAUCUGACUCCUUGAUCGUAUCAAUGAACUCGCCUACGUGUUAAUUAAGCACAUUUGCUUUGGAUUUUCUGCACAUUUGCUCCGUUUCCAUGAUAGAAACUCCAGCACAUUCACUGCUUUGACUCUGGAGGUCGUCUCUGAGGUCUGAGAUUUUGCUCCAGCAUGCAGCUUGAGGCCGUUAAACUGCUUUAGGAUCUAAACGUGGAGUUAAGCUGCAGCCUGAAUGCAGCUCUCCUCCGAGGGGAAGGUUUAGAUCUUCAGGUUGUAUCGUGUAUUUCCGUUUUCUUCGAGCCCUGAUGGUGCCUCUUCCUCUGGCAGAUUCCCAGACAUAUCUCACAAUCACAGAUUGUUCCUCAGAUUUAAUACUAUUUAUUCUAGAAACGUACACAAUGUUCUCCGUAGCAACUCAAAAUCACCAAAUUACCUCAAAAGACAGACAAUGUAUGGAGGAGUUUCUGUUAAAUAACAUUUUUAAUUCCUCUGACCCCAACUUGACACUUCAUAAAGUGUGUUCAGAUUAAACAAGAUAUAAAAAGUGCUGAAUGUUUUUAAUGGUUGUCAACAUAAUAGAUCUGUCAGCGGAUUUUCAUUAUUCUUUCUAAAAUUUCUAAACUGAUCAGAAAUUCUGAAUUAGUUAUCAGACUUUGAGAUUUAUAUUCAAAUUUAAAUAAAUUGCACUGACAUUGUAAUGUGUCUACGCUACAGAACUAGUUAAAACAGCACAAAAUCUAAAACCUGUAAAGAUAAAUAUCAGUGUUCAUUUUUCUUUGAGCUCUAAUCUGACAAUUCAGAUUUUGUUUUCUAAAAUACAUCAAAGAGAAAAGAUGUGCUGCAGUUUGUUGGAUUGAGAUAAUCAUUUUGAAACAUCAUACGAUUAUUUGAUGUUUUCAAAGUCAUUUCUGUUCAUGGAUCGAACUGCAUGUUCCUAGCAUUCAUCUGAUGUUUUUUAUUUCUUAAAGUAAGAUAACUGCAUCAAAGUACAUGAUGGUGAUUGAUGAGUUUAUUUAACAAAAAAUGGUGAAAGUUCUUAGUGCUCAUGCAUUUCCUCAAUGAAGGAGGAAAUCUGAUUUUUUUCAAAGUUUUACAUAUAAAAUCUAUAACAUAAAAACUGUCUGAUUUCUAAUCAACUGCCAUUAAAAUAUAUUAAAAUGUUGACUGAAAUUUUUAAAGAUGACUCGCUAAAAGUCAAUCUCCAAUAAUCACAAAUUCACAAAACAUUCAGACUUCUGUCAUUUAAUUCUUAAGGCCAGUACCUUCCUCUGUAGGCUAUAAAAUUAUAGCGUUCGUUUCUUAUUCUGGGCAGAAUGUUUUUUAUGCAUGCUGUCUGAAACAUAUGAGAUGGAUGUGCUGCAGAAGUAUAAAGUAUCUUUAUUCCUGUUCGUUCAGCCUCAAGUAAAAACUAAUUCCUCUGUUCUUGGUUUUUAGAUCGCUCAUUUUGUCAGUAGAUAUUAAAACUGCAGCUGCAUCGUUUCACUGUCUCUCUCUUCGGGGGUUUAUUUGCUUUCUAAAAAAGACAGGGUUAAAUUUUUCCUUGAGUUUAAAUCUUUAAUCAUCCAGUUAAAGUAAAUUUCAGCAUCCAAUCCACUUUUCCAAGAUCAAAUUAAGGAGAAGACGAGUUUGUUUUACGUUGUUUUUUGUUUUGUUUUACUAGAGAUGCACUGAUCAGGAUUUUCUUGACUGAUACCAGUUUUUUGUUUUCUUUUGUUCCGAACUGCCAAUUCAGAUUUUCGUUGUAAGGACUGUAAAAACUUAAAUGUGUAAAUUUGAAUCUAAUAAUGAAAAACUUUCAUUGAUAAACUUUUUACUAAAUUAAAAACAAAGUGCAUCAACAGCCCAGAUGUUCACUGAUGCAUUUACAGAUCCAUAAAAUUGGGAUUUUUGAUUCAUUCAGUGAACAAGGCCAGGACUAAUCAACCAGUUUCAAUCACAGCUAGAUGCCACGAGGUAUUUAGUUUUUACAGAAAUCAAAAUAUGAUUGACCAAAAUAUUUAGCCUCCAUUUUCAGAACUGCUAAUUAAAGUGUAUGACUUUUUUCUCUUUUUUUCACACGACCCGAUCAAACGCAUUGAUCAUAUUAAUGGUUUCUGUUAAAAACACUGAAUAAAAAAAGCUGCUACUGACGUUUAUGUGACUAUAACAAUGUUUGGUUGUAUGCAAGUCCAUCUGCAGGGUGACCUCCAGAGGUGUGAACAUCUGUGUGUUUCCAGUUUUAAGCUCAAUGAGUUAAAUGUUCUGAAGUUUAUUUUGUUUGAUAGUCUGCUGUGAAAGCCCUUCGAUGUGACAGAGGCUGGUGUGAAGCUCUGGGAUGGGUUUCUGUGUUUUUCUGUUUCUGUUCAUGAUGAUGAGAGGAUAUUGUAUUUAUUUAUUUUGUCGAGUCAACGCUCGGUUCCUUUAUUUUUUAAUCUACAACGCUUGUGUUGAAGGAACGACGUCAGCAUGGUGAUUUCCUUUUUUUUUCUCCUUUCUUUAUUUUUAAUAAAUGCCAUUUUUGAACAUCC